AUGGAUCCUUCGUUGAGUCCUUCUGUUGCUCACUCUGUUGUUCCCACGAUGGCCUCUCAACCAUCUGCUGGUGUUGUUGAUAGUAAGUUUUUCUCAACCAAGAAGCAAGAUAGUGCGCUUGCUUCUUGGCUCUUGUCUUCAGUUAGUACAACAGUUUUACCUCAUCUCAUUGGACUAGAUACAAGUGCGCAGAUCUGGAACGCUAUUGUGUCCUUGUAUGGAAGUAAGUCUACUUCACGGCUAAUGUUCUAUCGUCGUGCUAUGUAUUCACAGCACAAAGGUGAUCUUUCUAUGCGAGAGUUUUUAAUGAAGAUUAAGUGUUUUUGUGAUAACUUGGCUAGUUGUGGGGAAAUCAUCAGCGAACAUGAACAUAUCACAGCAAUCUUAAAUGGGCUACCAGCUGAGUAUGAGCCAAUUGUUUCUAUCAUUGUAGCCAGCCCAACGUUGUACAGUCUUUAG